AUGGGAAAUCAGCUUGCGGGCAUUGCUCCUUCCCAGAUCCUUUCCGUGGAGAGUUAUUUCUCAGAUAUCCAUGACUUUGAAUAUGAUAAGAGCCUGGGGAGCACGCGUUUCUUUAAAGUUGCUAGAGCGAAGCACCGAGAAGGCCUGGUGGUUGUGAAGGUCUUUGCCAUUCAGGAUCCCACAUUGCCUUUAACCAGCUACAAACAGGAGCUGGAAGAACUGAAAAUCAGGCUUCACUCUGCACAAAACUGUCUACCUUUCCAGAAGGCAGCCGAGAAAGCAUCUGAGAAAGCAGCCAUGCUCUUCAGGCAAUAUGUGCGAGACAAUCUCUAUGAUCGCAUAAGUACCCGCCCAUUCUUAAAUAACAUUGAGAAACGUUGGAUUGCUUUCCAGAUCCUGACCGCUGUGGACCAGGCACACAAAUCUGGAGUCCGCCAUGGGGACAUCAAGACUGAGAACGUAAUGGUCACCAGUUGGAACUGGGUCCUCUUAACUGAUUUUGCCAGUUUUAAACCCACUUACCUUCCAGAAGACAACCCAGCAGAUUUCAAUUAUUUCUUUGACACCUCACGGAGGAGAACUUGUUAUAUCGCUCCUGAGCGUUUUGUUGAUGGUGGGUUGUUUGCCACUGAGUUAGAAUAUAUGAGAGAUCCUUCAACCCCACUUGUAGACUUAAAUAGCAAUCAGAGAACAAGAGGAGAGUUGAAGCGAGCAAUGGACAUCUUUUCAGCAGGUUGUGUGAUAGCUGAACUUUUUACAGAAGGUGUACCAUUAUUUGAUCUCUCUCAACUUUUGGCUUAUAGAAAUGGACAGUUUUUCCCUGAACAAGUACUAAAUAAAAUUGAAGAUCGAAGUAUCAGAGAUUUGGUGACUCAGAUGAUUCACCGUGAACCAGAUAAACGGUUAGAGGCAGAAGAUUACUUAAAGCAGCAGCGUGGCAAUGCCUUUCCUGAAAUAUUUUACACUUUCCUUCAGCCCUACAUGGCCCAGUUUGCCAAGGAAACAUUUCUUUCUGCAGAUGAGCGUAUUCUGGUCAUACGGAAGGAUUUGGGCAACAUUAUUCACAAUCUCUGUGGACAUGAUCUGCCGGAAAAAGCUGAAGGAGAGCCUAAGGAAAAUGGGCUGGUCAUCUUGGUGUCCGUUAUAACCUCCUGUCUACAGACUCUUAAAUACUGUGACUCCAAACUUGCUGCUUUGGAACUUAUUCUCCAUUUGGCUCCACGAUUAAGUGUAGAAAUUCUUUUGGAUCGCAUUACUCCAUAUCUUUUGCAUUUCAGCAAUGACUCUGUUCCUAGAGUGAGGGCUGAAGCUUUGAGGACAUUGACUAAAGUUCUAGCUCUUGUCAAAGAGGUUCCUCGCAAUGAUGUCAAUAUCUAUCCGGAAUACAUUCUGCCGGGCAUAGCCCACUUGGCCCAAGAUGAUGCUACUAUUGUCAGACUAGCCUAUGCUGAAAACAUAGCUCUGCUGGCAGAAACAGCUUUGAGAUUCCUGGAAUUAGUACAGUUAAAAAAUCUCAAUAUGGAAAAUGACCCAAAUAGUGAAGAAAUAGAUGAAGUUACACAUCCCAAUGGAAAUUAUGACACAGAGCUCCAAGCCUUGCAUGAAAUGGUCCAGCAGAAAGUUGUCACUUUGCUAAGUGACCCUGAAAAUAUCGUGAAACAAACCUUAAUGGAAAAUGGAAUAACUCGGCUCUGUGUAUUUUUUGGACGUCAAAAAGCCAAUGAUGUUUUAUUGUCUCACAUGAUUACUUUCCUGAAUGAUAAGAAUGAUUGGCAUCUGCGUGGAGCUUUUUUUGAUAGUAUAGUUGGUGUUGCUGCCUAUGUUGGCUGGCAGAGCUCCUCAAUUCUCAAGCCCCUGCUGCAGCAAGGUCUUAGUGAUGCUGAGGAAUUUGUUAUUGUGAAAGCUCUUAAUGCCCUUACCUGUAUGUGCCAGUUAGGGCUGCUGCAAAAACCCCAUGUCUACGAAUUUGCCAGUGAUAUUGCCCCAUUUCUGUGUCAUCCCAAUCUAUGGAUACGCUAUGGUGCUGUGGGAUUUAUCACAGUGGUAGCUCAUCAAAUAAACACAGCUGAUGUGUAUUGUAAACUGAUGCCUUACCUUGACCCAUAUAUUACUCAACCAAUAAUACAGAUUGAAAGAAAACUUGUUUUACUCAGUGUUUUAAAAGAGCCAGUAAGUCGUUCUAUAUUUGAUUAUGCUUUGAGGUCGAAAGAUAUUACUAGCUUGUUCAGACAUCUUCACAUGCGUCAGAAAAAACGGAAUGGGUCUCUUCCUGAUUGCCCUCCACCUGAGGAUCCUGCCAUAGCACAGCUUCUGAAGAAACUGCUCUCACAGGGAAUGACAGAGGAAGAGGAAGACAAACUUUUGGCAUUAAAAGACUUCAUGAUGAAAUCUAACAAAGCAAAGGCCAAUAUAGUGGACCAGAGCCAUCUUCAUGAUAGUAGUCAGAAGGGUGUCAUUGACUUGGCUGCCUUGGGCAUAACUGGGAGACAAGUAGAUCUUGUUAAAACCAAACAGGAACCAGAUGACAAGCGAGCUAGAAAACAUGUCAAACAAGACUCAAAUGUAAAUGAAGAAUGGAAAAGCAUGUUUGGGUCACUGGAACCACCGACCAUUCCACAGGCCCUACCUAAAGGGAGUGACCAGGAGGUGAUUCAGACUGGGAAGCCUUCUCGUUCUGAGUCCUCUGCUGGCAUUUGUGUCCCCUUGUCAACUUCUCCGCAGGUUCCAGAAGUGACACAUGCCCAAAGUAGAAAACCAACAAUACAGGUUUUAAGUAGUACAAUUUUACCGUCCACCUGCCAGAUUCGGAACACGACUUGUAAAACUGAGCUUCAGCAACUCAUACAGCAAAAGCGGGAGCAGUGCAAUGCUGAGAGAAUAGCUAAGCAGAUGAUGGAAAAUGCAGAGUGGGAGAGUAAACCACCACCGCCUGGGUGGCGUCCUAAAGGGCUCCUAGUUGCACAUCUUCAUGAACAUAAAUCUGCUGUGAAUCGAAUUAGAGUCUCUGAUGAACACUCACUUUUUGCAACAUGUUCAAAUGAUGGUACAGUGAAAAUCUGGAACAGUCAAAAGAUGGAGGGGAAAACCACUACCACCAGAUCUAUUCUUACAUAUAGCCGAAUUGGAGGACAUGUAAAGACACUCACAUUCUGCCAGGGUUCUCACUACUUGGCCAUAGCGUCUGAUAAUGGUGCUGUCCAGCUUCUUGGAAUUGAGGCUUCUAAGUUGCCCAAGUCUCCUAAAAUUCAUCCUCUACAAAACAGGAUUCUAGACCCGAAGGAGGAUGGCUGUGUUGUGGAUAUGCAUCACUUCAACUCUGGGGCACAGUCCGUUCUGGCCUAUGCCACUGUGAACGGCUCUCUGGUUGGCUGGGACCUCAGGUCUUCAAGCAACGCGUGGACAUUAAAGCACGAUUUGAAGUCAGGCCUCAUAACUUCCUUUGCUGUGGACAUCCAUCAGUGCUGGCUCUGCAUUGGUACAAGCAGUGGUACCAUGGCUUGUUGGGACAUGAGGUUCCAGUUGCCAAUUUCCAGUCACUGCCAUCCUUCCAGGGCUCGGAUCAGACGCCUCUCAAUGCACCCCCGUCAUCAGUCCUGGGUGAUAGCAGCUGUUCAGGGCAACAAUGAAGUGUCAAUGUGGGACAUGGAGACGGGAGACAGAAGAUUCACUCUCUGGGCCAGUAGUGCACCUCCGCUUUCUGAGUUACAGCCUUCUCCUCACAGUGUUCAUGGUAUCUACUGUAGUCCUGCAGAUGGAAAUCCUAUCCUGCUGACAGCUGGCUCAGACAUGAAAAUAAGGUUUUGGGACUUGGCUUACCCAGAGAGGUCCUAUGUUGUUGCAGGAAGUACUAGUUCUCCAUCAGUGUCCUACUAUAGGAAAAUAAUUGAAGGCACUGAAGUCGUCCAGGAAAUUCAGAAUAAGCAGAAGGUAGGACCUAGUGAUGACACCCCUCGGAAGGGCCCAGAGUCUCUGCCUGUGGGACAUCACGAUAUCAUCACAGAUGUUGCCACGUUCCAGACAACACAGGGCUUCAUUGUAACUGCUUCUAGGGAUGGGAUUGUUAAGGUAUGGAAAUGA